AUGGGGAGCGUCUCCGGCUUCGUGUUAUUUUUUGGACUCUUUGGGACUAUGGCGGCGGCGUCGUCGGAUGUGUUCGACAGCGUUUUGGGAAGCACCGCGUCCUGCCAUCGCAGUUGUGAAAUGACAUACACUUUACACACGUAUCCACGAGAAGAUGAACUCUACGCUUGUCAGCGAGGCUGCCGAUUGUUCUCUAUUUGCCAGUUUGUUCGUGACAGCAAAGAUUUGAAUCGCACUGCCAACGACUGUCAAUCAACCUGUCAUGAAGCCUACGCCCAGGUUAAUGAGCAGUAUGCGUGCAACCUGGGCUGCAACAACCAGCUUCCUUUUGCUGAGCAACGCCAUGAACAGCUGGAAGCCAUGAUGCCGAGGAUUCACAUGCUCCACCCAUUGAUGUUAGUCAGGGGCUUGUGGGAGGACAUGAUAAAUCAAGCUCACACUUUCAUCACCUCCACGUGGACUUUCUAUGUCCAGGCCGAUGAUGGAAAAGUGGUUGUUUUCCAGUUUGAAACGGAGAAAGACGAGGAGGACCAGGAAGUACAGAACACGUUCCCUGAUGCAAGCAUCCCCAUUUACAAAGACUACCAGCGCACGCUUAUCCAGGAAAGGGAUCGUGACAUGAGUGCUGAACGCGGCGACGACAAUUACGACUUCUUCAGCUGCAUCGCUAGGAAUCCCUGGCUACCGGGCUGGUUUCUCACCACCACCACCCUGGUGUUGUCCGUGAUGGUCCUCAUUUGGAUCUGCUGUGCAUCAGUAGCCACUGCCGUGGACCAGUAUGUGCCAGCUGAGAAAUUGAGCAUCUGCAGUGACAAAUAUUUAAUGGCCGAGCAGAAGCUCAUUCCAUACCCUUCAUCCUCCCUGCUUGUCAUUAAGUCCAAAGGGCUUGGAGAAGAUGAUGAGGUGGCAGGGCCUCUUCCUUCCAAAGUCAACCUUGGCCAGUCAGACAUCUAA